AUGGCGCUCAAGAAGAAGAUUGUUUCUCGUCCCAGACCCACCGUCGCCGCUGCUCAGAGUUCGUUGCCAGCUUCGGUCACCGACAGUGUUGCAGUCUCGGCCGCUGCCAGUUCUUCUCGUCGAUGUUAUCAUCUCUUGCAUCCUGCAUCUGUUUUCUUCUGGGGGACACAGGCGAUGACUGUUAAGACGCUGAACCAGAAAAAUAGGAUCAAUGUGGUGCGGCAUUUUUGGGAAUGUAAUGGCAUUAAAAGUGCAAUUGAUGCAGUGGUGAAAUUACCUGACUACUCUGUUCAGGUUGAUGUAAUUAGUGUUCUCCUGGAAAAAGUCGACCUCUUCACACUUGAUAUUUUCUCAUGCUUGCUGCCUCUGCUUUUAGGCUUACUAAACAGCAAAGCUGACAGGCAUGUUACUGUCUCCUUGGAACUGCUGUUUGAGCUCGUUAAAAGAUUUGGACAAAUUAUACAAUCAACCAUCUCAGCUUCUUCAUCAGUAGGAGUUGAUCUUCAGGCGGAGCAGAGAUUGGAGCGUUGUAAACAAUGUUACACGUAUUUGCUAAAGAUAAAGCAAAUUCUCUCCUUGCUUAUCAGGUAAGAAAUAGAUGAAACAGCAUAUAUUUUUUAAG